GGUUGGGCAUCUGUUGCUGAAGUGUGCAUCACCACAUUGUGGGUGAAUCGACACUGAAAGAUGAUGAGCCUUAUUGAUGAAAAGAGAACUGACCUUAUACUGGACGCUGUGCUGCACAAAAUCUUUGAAAAUGAGGCACACUCCUUACAAGAAAAGGACUGCGCUCAAAACAUAUUCCACAAUGUUUCAGAAGAGGGAAUGGUGGAACUGGCCUGUUAUGAAAGAGUAACAGACAAGAAUGCACAUGAAUUCAGCUGUAUCAUGAAGUAUGAAGAACACAGCCCGGAAGAAUUAAACAGUAUGCUAAGGAAGGAACCUAAAACAUACAAAAGUUGUCAAUUAUGGUUGAAAUCACAUGAGUGUGGAAAAGCUUGCCCUGUCGAUGGAACAGUAGAUGACAUUGCAGUAAAUGGCAGGAUUAACUGUGGAACAGCUUUUCCUGGAGAGGAAGUUGUGGUGCGGAUAACAAAAAAGCAUGAGGAUGAUCUUUAUGGUAAGGUCAUUGGAGUCACAAAGCGAGAGAUUGGAAAGCUUAAGAACAUCAUUUGUUACAUUGACUCUGAUGACUGUAAUUUAAUGAUUCCAGUAAACAUGCGAUACAAAAUUAAGAUUCAUAACCCAACCAAAAAGGACCAGCCUAAAAAUUGUGUAUGUGUCUGGGACGUAAAUCUUUCAAAUUCAACUCCAAUAGUAAGAUUUAAAUAUGUACAGACAAGGAGCACGGGAAACAAUCUUUUUGUUGUUCAAUGCUUGAAAUGGCUUCCACAAUGUGAUUAUCCUCUGGGGAUUGUCACAAGAGAGAUACUGCCAGGAAAUAGUAAACAAAAUGGAAUGAAUAUUUUACAAAUCCAGUAUGAGUUAAACGGAAACAUAUUCUCUUGCACAGAAUCCCUUCAGCAGCCUUCACAGAAAGGAAGAAAGGAUUAUACAAGGGAUUGCGUUUUCACAAUUGAUGAUAAGGGUUCCAAAGACAUCGAUGAUGCCAUCAGUGUCCGUGAGCUAGAUGGAAAAUAUGAAAUAGGUAUUCAUAUUGCUGAUGUCUCAGCUUUUUUACAAAAAGAUGGUGAUGUUGACGUUGAAGCCAAGAAUCGUGCAACCUCUUUCUAUUCACCUUGCCAUAAAGGUGAACCAAUUCACAUGCUGCCAAAAGAGCUCAGUGAGGUGCACUGCAGUUUACUGCCAGAUUCAGUGAGAUGUGCAUUUGCAGUUCUGUUUUCUGUAGACAAAAGAAAUUUCAAAAUAGUUGAAAAGCCAACAAUAGAAAGGACUGUGAUCAUUUCCAAACGUGCCUUUACAUACAAAGAAGCUGCAGAGCUUCUUGCUCAGUCACCCAAGAUACUGAAUGCCACCAGCUUCGAAGGAUGUAUGAAUAUCGUAGUCAGCUUUGCAGAUCGUCUUAGAGAAGAACGUUUGAAAGAAGGUUGGCAUCUAGUCAGUCUCUUUAAUACAAUUCACGAUGAACACAGACCACGUGGUAUGAUUGAGGAGCUUAUGAUUUUAGCCAACAGAACAGUGGCAGAAAUAUUGCUGAGAAAUGAAACAACCAAAAAUCUCACUCCACUUUGCAUUCAACCAAAACCUAAAUCUUCAAAGUUGUCUGCUUUCCAAAAUGUUGUGAAGCCAAUCUUACCAAUAUCUCCAUAUCUAAGAUCCUGCAUAGAGCAUACCAUGUCUGGCGGAAAACAUCCUUUAUGUAGCACCUCACUUAAAGAAGUAUUUAUUCUGGAACCUGUGUGGAGAAAGCUUAUUGAGUUCCAACAAUGUCAUCAUUAUGAUAAAAUGAAAACCCUGCUCUUUUGUGAAAAGCUCCACCCCCAGCUGGCAGCUGCCCAAGAGAGUGAGAAAUUCUUUUGGAAUACAGCCUACAUGGUUCGUGCAGGAUUAAUCAGACCUGAUACAAAUCAUCAUUUCUCCUUAAGAGUCAAUGCUUACACAAGGUUCACGUCACCAAUAAGACGGUAUAUGGAUAUUGUGGUACAUCGUCUUUUGGAGUCAGUUGUGUUGAACAAGAGUGAAGCUCCUUAUACUACUGAAGAGAUUGAUGAUAUUUGCCGACAUUUCAACCUCAAAACUGAGGACAGCAAAAAAUAUUCCUCACGGACAAAACAACUGGAAGAAGCAGAGGAACUGCAGAAAAAUCCUAGACAGCAACUGGCUGUUCUUUUUAAAAUACAGAAAGGAAAGUCAAGUCUGAGUGUUUUGUUUCCAGAUCAACAAUUUGAAAAAAUGAAUUCACUUCCACUAAAGCUUACCGUCUUGGGUUUAGAUGAGCAAGCUCAAUUUAAGGAUGGUUCAUUAACCUUGAAAUGGCAGAGAAAGAUUUUCUGCCCAAAUAAGAGUGAAAUAUUUCCUUCUGCUGAUACUGUUAUGGACACUACUGGGCACACUAUUAGCGUACAAGCAAAAACGUGGAUUGCAUUGCAAAAAGCCAUUUGCAUUGGUGACCACCAAACAGUCAGAGAACUUUUAGACAAAGAGAAUUGUUCCCAAAAAUGUUUGCGAAGUCACAAACUGGUAUCAAAACAGCCUGAAAAGGACACAAAUGAUUAUCAAUUGCUGUCAAUGACAAUAAAGAAUGGCAGUGUGCUAAAAAUGCAGAGAGCACCAAACUUGCAUUGUGGCUUCCUGAAACCUAACAUCCAGGUGGUUUACUUGAACAAGCAAGUAGACAUUUGCAUUGAACACGCUCGAGAUCCAGAAUUGUGCUUCACAAAGACUGAUUGUGGUGAAGUCAAAGGUGCAAAUUUCAUCAACAUAAAAGAUUACAUUGAGAGAUGGAUUCCAAUUAUUGAAAUUGAGGCCGCUGUAAAUUCUGUUAUGCAAAAUGACCCAAUGGUGUUCCUCAAUGUGGAAACAUAUUGGGUUGAGGGUUCACCUUCAUCUGGGAGCUUCAAGAUUGACAGUAGCUACACUGACAUAGACAAACUAGAGAAAGUAAUAACAGCAGGUGAUUUAGUUUGCAUCCGACAUUCAUAUGCAAUGAACGAAUCAAAUCACAAAUCCACAUUACUGGUUGAUAUUAACCCUAAUGAGACAACAUGGGUUGCACAUUGCGUCAUCACUGCUUCUGAAAAGAUACCUCCUUACCUAGAAGUGACAUUUCAAUUACAUCACUGUGCAUCGGAAGCUCCUCCUCAUGUAUAUGUAUCGAAUCAGCCAUCUACAAUUGAGAUCAUGUCCCAAAGAAUGGAAGACAGAAGGAAAAUUGAGGCUAUCAAGUCACUAGAAAAAAAUGAAAACCUGGCCAGACGCAUUGCACUUGGAAAAGUUACACCAAACCUAGAUAUUGAACAACCUACGGGACAUCAAAUAAAUUCUUGUGAAAAAGGGUUACUGAAACUCAACAAAACCCAAAGCAAUGCAGUGAGGACAGCUAUGAAUUCAGAAUUUACCGUGAUUCAGGCACCGCCAGGAACAGGGAAAAACACAGCUGGAGCCUAUAUCAUUUUGAAUUAUUUGAAACGCAACAAGCCAUGUGGGAUUCAAUUAACUCAAUCCAAACAAGUAUUGAAAUGUUCUCGACAGAUCCUUUACUGCGGGCCAUCAAACAAAUCUGUUGAUGUUAUGGCAGAGCAACUACUGGAAGCAAAGUGUGAUUUGUCCAUACUCCGAGUUUAUGAUGAACGGAUUGAACAACUCGCAUUCCCAUUGGAAGAUGUGUUGAUAUCCAAAGAAGCAAACAGCAAUGCUUACAUCAAAGAGAACUUAAAAUGCAUUGCCUUGCACUUCAAGAUCCGGCAGUCCAGAACAGACUCAGCAGAACAAAUAAAUCAGCUUUAUCAACAAUUGAAAAAGAAUGAUUAUACCAGUCCUGAAGAGAGAAAAGUAGCAUACAUGAAAUACAAUCAGCUUGUCCACGAAGCACAAGUGAACGAAAUCAAAAAUCACAAUAUUAUCUUAUGCACAUGCACAACUGCUGCCAGACCAUUAAUAAAAGAGAAUACAAACUUCUUUCAGUGCAUUGUGGAUGACAGCGAGGCAUGUACAGAGCCAGAGUGUUUGAUUCCUAUAGUAUCCUCAAAUGCAAAGCAGGUUGUUUUAAUUGGGGAUCACAAGCAAUCGAGACCAGAUGUGAAAAGUGAACUGGCUAAAAAUCUUGGUCUAGGAAUGUCAAUAUUUGAGCGAUAUGUUUCGGAUGCACUGAUGCUUAAUGUUCAAUAUCAAAUGCACCCAGAAAUCUGCACCUUUCUAUCUGAAGAAUUUUAUCAUGGAAAACUUAAGACAGCUGAGUUAGACAAAUGGAAACCUGCUCCACGAAAAGACCCACUUGGGAAGGACUGUCUAAUUAUGUUUCAUCAGGCUGAACAUUCUUGUGUAACAUUUGAAGAAGGAAACAGAGCAUCAUGGAGUAACAGUGCAGAAGGAGCAAAUGCUGUUAAAUGGGCAUUGGAUCUCAUUCAUAAAGGCGUAAAGGAGAGAGAUAUUGGCAUUAUUACACCCUACCAAGCCCAAGUUAGAAAGCUCAAACAAAUCUUGAAGAAGAAUAAGCUUAAUAAUAUAAAAGUUUUGCCAAUUCUCCACAGCAAAGGCUAUAAAUGGGACUACGUUAUAUUGUCAACGGUCCGGUCACUUCCUUUUUCAGAAAUAGAAAACAGACCAAGCAAAUCAUGGUUACAAAACAAUCUUGGUAGUUUAACAGACUCAUACCAACUCAAUGCUGUUCUUACAAAAGCAAAGAACGGCCUGUGUAUAAUAGGCAACCAGAAUUUACUGAGGUGCCAUCCUCAGUGGAAGAGACUUCUGGAAUAUUAUGAAACAAGGAUUUUGUCUGCAAAACUAAAAAGGCAAUACUUUCAAUUGCCUGUGCACUUUAACAGAACAAAAUUUGUCUGAAUCAGGGCCUUAGAUGCCUUGUAGUAAUCAGAUUUCGGAAUUUAAAAUUAUGUUUAUUUUAUUCCAAUGUUUAAUUCUUUAUUGUUGCUUUUGCUGAAAAGUUCUGCAAUUCUCUUUUUAAUAAGUUGGGAUAUUUAAGGAAUGUUAAAAUAUGUAAAUAUUUCUCAACGUUUAAAGAAUUUCUAAGUAUUGAUUAAUUAUCUAUCUUCUUGUACAAAGGAAACAAAUUAAUAUAGCCAUGCUUUAAAUAUAGACAAAUUUAAAUGUAUAUUUUAAAAAUAUCAGCCCAUUUGUAAUUUAGAUUCUCAUAACUAUUUUCCAAAAGAAUUGUUUUCAUGAAAAAUUUGAAAUUUAUAUAAAUUGAUUCUCUAUUGUAAUAUUUGUAUUAUGAUUGAAAUUCAGAGGUUGCCUUGAUUUAUCUAUAAAUGUUGAGAUUAGAAACAAUGUCACUUAUAUCAAAGUCCUGGAGCUCAAACAAUGCUUGGUGAAUGUUGGGACCAUAUCUUUACAAUAACUUGCAUUCAUAUGAUGCCCAUCACAUAGGAUAAUGUCUUUAAUGUGCAUUCACAAGAUGGGGGUCAAACAUCAAGGAGGGAAGGGGUGUCACCCCGGGAAAAACCUCCAGGAAGUAUUUGUUCAAUAAGUUUGCUAUCUCCUGUUCAUUCUCUUUUUCAACCUCCUUUGAGCCCCUGAGAAUUUUGACAUCUGUUUAUUGUUUAUAAUAUUGAAAGAAAUGCCCAGUUAAAGAAUCAUCACAUUAAACCAGUCUUUCUACUAACAAGUUAGUAUUUUUCAAAGCUGUUAGGAAACUUUCCUAAGAUUCUUUCAAGGAGUAUUUUACUUCUGUUAUUUCACAUUGUGUGCUUUAUUCCUAAAUGUGUAUUACUUAAAUCUAUAUUAAUUCAAUAAUGUGGAGUCCUGUAGCUCA